AACAAAGUAAUACGACCUGCCGUCAAAAAAAAAAAGAAGCAAACGUUUCCUAUAAAAAAUGGGGGUAAAGAGAGGAAAAUGCGAAGAAAGGAGGACUCUCUUGUUCUUCUUCUCUCCUCUUUAUUACAAGUUGUUCACUUCAUCACAUGCUCCUCGUCUCUCUCUCUCAACUAAUUCACAAGUUUCAGUUACGCAGCUGCUCAGAGUCUGAUCUCAUCUCUGUUUUGUCUGUUAAAACAAAAGAUCCAGUUUUCAUGGAAAAUUAAAUGAAACAGUGACGUCUCAGAAUCAUUUCUUCUUCUUUGUUCCCCUACUCUGUUUUUUUCCCUCUUUUAAACUCUCAUUCAUGGCUCCAAACUCAGUGGCAGUGACAAUGGAGAAGCCAGACAACUUCUCUCUAUUAGAGAUCAACGGCUCAGAUCCAUCCUCAUUCCCUGACAACAAACGCAAAUCCAUCAGCCCAAAGCAAUUCUCAUGGUUCAUCCUCCUCAAAGCUCACAGACUCGUCUCUUCUCUCUCGUGGCUCUUCGCCUCGGUCAAAAAGCGUCUCGCUUUCUCCUCCAAAGCCAUAAACGAAGAAGAAGAUCCAAAAAGCAGAGGAAAACAAAUGUACAGAUUCAUCAAAGCCUGUCUUGUCAUCUCCAUAGUCGCCUUGUUAAUAGAAAUCGUCGCUUAUUACAAGAACUGGAAUCUAGAUCUCGUGAACCGACCGUCCUGGGAGGUUCGUGGGCUUGUCGAGUGGUCUUACGUGGCUUGGCUCUCGUUUCGAUCCGAUUACAUCGCUCCUAUUGUCAUCACUCUCUCCAAGUUCUGCACUGUCCUCUUCUUGAUCCAGUCUCUUGAUCGGUUGGUCCUCUGUCUCGGUUGCUUCUGGAUCAAGUUCAAGAAGAUCGAACCUAAGCUCAAAGACGAUGAGCUCGAUCUAGAAGACGCAUCAAACUUCCCAAUGGUCCUUAUUCAGAUCCCAAUGUGCAAUGAAAGAGAGGUGUAUGAACAAUCAAUAGGAGCAGCAUCACAGCUUGAUUGGCCGAAGGAUAGGAUCUUGAUUCAAGUUCUUGACGAUUCAGACGAUCCAAACUUACAGCUUCUGAUCAAGGAAGAAGUAGCUGCUUGGGCAGAGAAAGGAGUGAACAUUAUCUACAGGCAUAGGUUGAUCAGAACUGGUUACAAAGCUGGGAAUCUAAAGUCUGCAAUGACAUGUGAUUACGUUAAAGAUUACGAGUUCGUUACUAUUUUCGACGCAGACUUUACGCCAAGUCCUGAUUUCCUCAAGAAGACUAUUCCUCAUUUCAAGGGGAAUCCAGAGCUAGGAUUAGUCCAAGCAAGGUGGUCCUUUGUGAACAAAGACGAGAAUCUCCUGACAAGGCUGCAAAACAUAAACCUAUGUUUCCACUUCGAAGUAGAACAGCAAGUGAACGGAGUGUUUCUCAACUUCUUUGGUUUCAACGGAACCGCAGGAGUCUGGAGGAUCAAAGCAUUGGAAGAAUCAGGAGGGUGGCUCGAGAGAACAACGGUUGAAGACAUGGAUAUCGCGGUUAGAGCGCAUCUCAACGGUUGGAAAUUCAUUUACCUCAAUGACGUUGAAGUCACUUGCGAGUUGCCUGAGUCUUAUGAAGCUUACAAGAAGCAGCAACAUCGUUGGCAUUCCGGUCCUAUGCAACUUUUCCGGUUAUGCCUUCCUUCAAUCAUCAAAUCAAAGAUAUCAGUAGGGAAGAAGGCAAAUUUGAUCUUCCUCUUCUUUCUUCUAAGGAAGCUUAUUCUACCCUUUUACUCAUUCACACUCUUCUGCAUCAUACUUCCAUUAACAAUGUUCAUACCUGAAGCCGAGCUUCCUUUGUGGAUCAUUUGUUACGUUCCCAUCUUCAUUUCACUUCUCAACAUUCUUCCCUCACCCAAAUCUUUCCCUUUCUUGAUCCCUUACCUCCUUUUCGAAAACACAAUGUCCAUAACCAAGUUCAACGCCAUGAUCUCCGGGUUGUUCCAGCUUGGAUCGGCUUACGAGUGGGUUGUGACCAAAAAGACUGGGAGAUCAUCUGAAUCCGACUUGCUAGCGUUUGCCGAAAAGGAAGAGAAGUUGCAUAGGAGAAACUCGGAGUCAGGUUUGGAGCUUCUGAGCAAACUCAAGGAGCAAGAGAUGAAUCUUGCGGUACAAGAAACCCCGAAGAAGAGCAUUGGAGGGCUAGUGAGGCCGAGUAACAAGAUCAAGAAGAGGAACAUGGUGUUUAAGAAAGAGCUAGGGCUUGCGUUCUUGCUUCUAACCGCAGCUGCAAGGAGCUUUCUGUCAGCGCAUGGUCUUCACUUCUACUUCUUGCUGUUUCAGGGACUGUCUUUCUUGGUUGUAGGGUUGGAUUUGAUCGGAGAACAGAUCAACUAGACACACACAACAUAAAGACAGAGAAGAAGGGAGAUAAACCCGUUUAUAUUCGUCUAUUUUUUUGUUUGUUUUUUAAAUUCUUUUCCCUUUCUUACAUGCGGGUUUUAUACAUAAUUUUCAAAAAACUUAUAAUGUCCAGUUUCAGAUAAAUGAGUGAAACGAUUAAUUUGUUAUAUAAUAUUGGCCUAAGGGUUAACAA